AUGCGUGUCAAGCCUUCGCCCCAACACGAGGAUCUGCUCGCGUUAUCCAAUAACGCCAUCUGGCUGACAUCGCUUAAAGGAAGAACUUCAAAAGGAGCCUACGCUACCCAACGCGUACCUGCAUUCACGCGGAAGACGUGCCGACCGAAGGCGAAGCACGGCAGGCAGCUGCGUGCAGCCACCGCGUGCAAAAGCACGAUGCCCAAACAAGUCCUAGUCGAGGGACCUAGAAGGAAGACCGGAUUCGGGUUUAGCGGAGAGCGUGGAAGCAAGCCCUUGCACGCCCGGAACUGCGGCAGCGUGACGGCAGCGUGGUGGACCGAUGGAGGCGUGUUGUGGGAAGGUCCGAUACCUUCGAACAGCGAGGACUGCGAUUGGGCCCGUGGCGCAUAUGUUGUGAGACAGACGUGGACAAGCGAAGCAUUCCUUUGCUUUGCUGAUCAUAUGGGCUGGGCAUUGACUCUAGUUACCUGCAGGGUGUACGAUGGCUCGACGUACCGCAAGUCAUCGGCCGAUGUCGCUCACGCGAGAGCUCUGUGGUAUAUAAACCGCGUACAGUGCUUUAACAGCCCUCAUCGAGCGGAGGAUUCCUACCAGUCUCUCAUUCUCUCAGCCUCACCUGUUGCCACCACGGCCCCCACGAUCUACCUUCGCACCACUUCCAAUCGCGCCACCAUCAUGGACAGAACCAUCGUCAACGCCCAGCUCUUCCUCCCCGAACCCCUCCGCCUCAACUCGUACAAUUGGGAAGUCUACAAGAUCGCGAUCCACGCGCUCUGCUACGCGAACGACCUGCAGGAGCACCUCGCGAAACACGCAUACGAGGGCCGCCUUUGCGGCGGCCCGCAGGACGAGGAGGCGCGCCGCAAGUGGGGCGACGACGACCAGUUGUGCAAGGCGCUCAUCAUCCUGAACAUCCAGCCGGAGAUGCUCGGGCGCGCGUGCGAGAUUCGCGAGGCGUAUCAUUCGAGGGAGCGCGGCGCGGCGUACCUGUGGGACCUCGUCGUGCGGUAUGAGGGCCACUACCCCGGGUGCAAGAAACGCAAGGAGUCGUGCUGA